UUGGAUGUUAUUUUUAAUUUGGUGUUUCAUUCAUAGGGAAAUCUUCUAGCUGUUGGAUCAACAUAUGGUGGUGUGCAGGUCUGGGAUACUGUUGUAAAUAGACAACUUAAAAUGAUGCAAGGCCAUGCAGGAAGAGUGGGUACCCUUGCUUGGAAUGGAAAUAUUCUGUCAUCAGGGAGUCAGGAUACCUUUAUUUUACAACAUGAUAUGAGAAUGCCUAGUCUUGUUGCUGAAAGAAGAUUAGUAGGUCAUCAGGAAGAGGUUUGUGGCUUGAAAUGGUCUCCUGAUAAUAAAUAUCUGGCCUCUGGGGGCGGUGACAACUGCCUGUUUGUUUGGGAUUUGCAUUCCCUCUCACCUCUUCAGAAGUACACCAGGCAUUUGUCAGCAGUGAAAGGUAUAUAUUCAUCUCUGUCUUAUCUAAAUAUGUAAGUCACUGAAACCUAA